AAACUACAUUUCCCGUCGUGCUCUGGGACUAGGUCUUGUGACUGACAGCCUGGCCCUGCACAGCUUAGUGGGAGAGGAAUUCUCAUCUCCCUCGAUGUCACAGCAUCAUGGAGGAGGUGGACAAGAUCCUCAUACAUUCCCUCCGCCUCUCUGGGACCGACAUCCCCGACGAAGUGCAGAGCAUCCGAGAAUUCACCACCGAGUUGAUUGUCGAGGCUGUUGUGCGAUGCCUCCGGGUCAUUAACCCUUCUGUGGGGGGCAAUUUGAGCCAUAUCCUGCCCCCCGGCAUGUCUGCGCGCUUCCGGAUUGGCAUGAGUCUGGCUCAAGCCUGUCAGGACUUAGGGUACCAAGGAGAAGUCGGGUACCAGACCUUCUUAUACAGCAGCGAGCCGGAAAUCCGACGCCUUCUCCUCUUCCUCGUGGAGAAGCUUCCCCGCGAUGCUUCGGAGGAUGCCGACCAGCCUGUGGGCAAAUCGACGGCACUGCACAGAGCGAUUGCCGCUACCAUCAAGGAGCAACUGGCUGUCCCUUGGGUGCCUCCGUCCUGCCGCACCCCCCGCCUGCAGCUGUUACAGGGUUCGUGCCUCCUGAAGCAAUUCGAAGCUCGGCCCUUAGUCCUGCCUCUGGAGUCGGGACCGUCCACUGGGAAGGUGGCCCGAGAGAGGAAAGACUACUUUGUCAAGUUCCUGCCCCCCGUGUCCGCCCAGCUGCCCCGACCCGCAUCUUUUGCACCGUCCCUGUUGGAGAACAACGUGGCCGACCUGAGCGAAGCCCAGGACUGGGAGAACGAGUGGAAGAGCCAAGGCCUCGGAUCACGCAUGAGUCCCGAGGAAUACCGCCAGUGGAAGCACCAGCGGCUGCAGCGUCGCCUCCUGGACCAGUUACGCCAAGCGUGCCCCCAGGCUGGGUCUGCCCCGCAGGGAGCGACAGCCCGAGACCUGACUCAGUUCCUGGGGACUUUCAGUGCUGGGCAGGAGCCCACGGGGGCCCUGGCCAAAGGCUCUCGCUUCACGCACACUCAACGCCUGGCCUAUAAGCAGGAGGCUGAACCGCCAACCCAAAUACAGACGCUGCCAGUCUCCCGGACCUCCGAACAGGAAUUACAGGAAAGACAAGCUGCUGAAGUGAAGGCCUUGGAAAACGAACUGGGCCGCCUUGUGGGGCAAAUUGAGGAGUUGGCGGGCCAGAUGGCCACCCUGGGGCUGACUCUCACACAGGUGGAGGGAGAAGUGCGGCAACGGCAGCUGGGCGCGACCGAACUGGAGCAGACUCUGCGCGUGAAGGGCCAGACUGUGCAGCUGCUGCCUGAUGCGGAAAACAACAUGGCUAAGCUACAGGUGGUGGUAGAGAGUAGCGCGCAGCGCAUCAUCCAGCUGGCCGCCCAGUGGGAGAAGCACCGAGUGCCACUCAUCCAGGAAUUUCGGGAGCUCAAAGCCCUGCACGACUCCAAGGAGCUGGAAUCAUCGCGACGCCUCUCGGAAAUCAGGGAACUGCAUGAGCGGAUCCGAUCGACCGCCGACGAGGCCAAGCGCAAGGAUGAUCUUUAUAAGCAGCUGGUGCUGGAGAUGGAAUCCCUCCCCAAAGAUGUCUCUCGCUCUGCCUACACCCAGCGCAUCCUGGAGAUCGUCAGCAACAUCAGUAAGCAGAAAGAGGAGAUCACCAAGAUCCUCUCUGACACUAAGGAGCUCCAGAAGGAGAUCAACAGCCUGACUGGGAAGCUGGACCGGACUUUUGCUGUCACUGAUGAGCUGGUUUUUAAGGAUGCCAAGCGAGAUGAGUCUGUGAGGAAAGCGUAUAAGUACCUGGCAGCCUUGCAUGAGAGCUGUAGUCAGCUGAUCCAAACGAUCGAAGACACGGGCACCAUCUUACGAGAGAUCCGGGACUUGGAGGAGCAGAUCGAGAGCGAAACCAGCAAGAAGACUCUCAGCAACUUGGAGAGAAUCCUUGGCGACUACCGGGCUCUGAAACAGGAGAACGCGACCCUGCUGAGUCGGACUCGGGAGACAUGAAGAGCCACGCCCGGUCCCCUCACCCGGGUGCUUUUCUCCUUUGGACUCUGCGGUGCCUCUUACGACCUGCAGGGGGCGUGGGGAGCGAGCAAGGCUCCCCUUUCCAGCCUCUGCCGGCCUCACGGAGUGGCCUCGAAACCCGGCACGUUUGGCGAGGGGGAAAAACGGAUCCCCACAAAGUCAUCCUCUGCCAUAGAUUGUAUGUUGAAAAAAAACCAGGGAUCAGUUCCGCCCCUUCUUGGUUGACACCAACACCUCAUUCACAUCCCCCUCCCCCCCCCAAAAAAACAAUAAAGUCGCCCCUUUUUGCAGAAUA